AUGUAAGCUAAACAACGUUAUCAAUCGCACAAUGUUCUGUUUAAAUGAGUGUUAAUAAAGUAGGUUUAAACAAGAAAGAUAAUUUCUAAAACUAAGACUUGUGACUUUUUGUUAAAGUAUUAUUUAAGCAACGGGCUACAAUCGCUAAAAUGUUUCGCUUAAUACUUCGGGAUUUACGGUAUAUCAUGAUGAACGCUGCUCAAGGAAUAUCGCUACUUAUUAGUAGUAUUCUGCCAUUCCUGACUUGUGAUGUUACUGUUCAGACAAACUGUGGAUUGGUUAAUGGCAUUGUAAAGGAUGGUGCUUUCAGUUUUCGAGGGAUUCCGUAUGCUUCGCCUCCUGUUGGGCGCCUCAGAUGGAAGCCACCAGAAGCGCUCAGUCCAAAGACGGGAAAUUGUUGGAAUGGAACAUUUACUGCGAAUACAUAUGGGAACACGUGCUUCCAAAUAAGCCCGGAGGAUCCUGAACGUAAAACUUUAAUCGGUAGCGAAGACUGUUUGUACCUAAAUGUACUAAGUCCAGAUUUGAAACCAGAAAUGCCUAAGCCAGUUAUGGUGUGGAUUCAUGGAGGAAGUUUACAAGUUUCAAAUGGAAACUGGCCGUUAUACAUGCCAACUGAAAAAUUAGCCAUGGAAACUGAUAUCGUAUAUGUAGGAUUUAAUUAUCGUCUGCAUGCAUUCGGCUUCAUGUCUCUACAAAUGUUGGCGGACAAUUCCACGACUAAAACAUCCGGUAACUACGGCUUCAUGGACAUGAUAGCUGUCCUGCAAUGGGUUCACCUGAAUAUAAGAAAUUUCGGUGGCGAUCCAAAUCAGGUUACAGUAUUCGGGCAAAGUUCAGGAGGAACAGCGAUAUUUGCCUUACUGGCUUCUCCACUCUGCAAAGGUCUGUUCCAUAAAGCCUGGCUCCUAUCUGCUUCACCCAUCUUGAACAAGACAGCUUCAGAAGCCUACACCGAUAACGAAGCUUUCCUGAGAAAUGCAAAUUGUUCCAACAUAGAUUGUCUAUAUUCCCUAACAUCUGCUGAAGUGACCUUUGCUGUUCCGUGGAUGAAAUAUCCAUACUGGGCAAUGUUAGAUCAAGGGGAUUUACCUACCAAAUAUUAUUUUGACGGAGCUAUUGCGGUAGUUGAUGGUGUGGUGAUUCCAGAAGCACCAUUUGAUGCCUGGGCUAACGGAAACAUGGUGGAUGUUCCAUUACUUAUUGGGUCAUGUGCAAAUGAAAUAGACUACAAUCCGCUUGACAUGACCAUCAACAACUGGACAUGGACACACUAUGAAGAACACGUUAAUGAAACAAUUGGGACAUUUGGUCGACUUGUACUUGAAACAGCUUUUAAAUUGUACCCAAGUCACCACAUUACACCGGAAUUCCAGCUGACCAGUAUGGCGAGCGAUAUUCGAGCUAAUUGUCCGAAUGACGUUAUGAGUUUGUAUGCAGCGGCUACGUUCAGCUCACCAGUAUAUCGUUAUGUAGUCACAGCGAAACCUUCAGUACCCAUUCAUGCUGUUGGGAUACCGUUCCCUGCAUCGUACUCUAUGCACAUGUGGGAUGUUUUUGCUUUCUUCGGUUUUAUUCCCGAUUAUAUAAAACAUCCUACAGACAGUGAUAUCCAAUGGCAACGCAAUGUUCAAAACGAGGUUUUGGAAUUUGUGCGCACAGGGAAACCGUUUACGUCCUCCUGGAAGCCAUACCCUGCAGUGACAGCUAAUUUAUCUUUUGUGACUGAAGCAAUGUCUGCUUACAAUCCUGUGCAAUGUGAAUUUUGGCUUCAGAAUGGCUUCUUUAGUUAUUCUUGGAUAAACUGAUGGUUUGUUACGAAAAUAAAAGUCUAUCAAUUAAAAUGAUAAUGAUUGG